CUUCCCUGCAACCAUACCAUGGAGGAAGAACUUCGCCCGUGUAAGCGUUUUUCUUCGCUACUACUAGCUGAGCAAACCAUGCAGCGUCUCUUAGCUGAUGGAGCUGCAUUCUCAACUCCAGUUUCACGAAGAAGUGCAAACUACCAGCCAAGCUUAUGGGAUGACAACUAUAUUCAGUCGCUACCUGAUGGCUCUCUGGAUGCAACACAAGUUAAUUUAUGGGAGAAGUUGAAAGAGGAGGUGAGACAUUUGAUUGAUCAGAAUAAGCAAAAUGAUACUAUCGAGCUACUUGAGUAUGUCAAUACUUUGUGCCAGCUUGGGAUUUCAUAUCAUUUUGAGAGUGAGAUAAAAAAUGUGCUUACUUUCAUAGCUUCAUCAAUGGAAAGCUUAAGCAAUAUAUUAAAAAAUAGUCUUCAUGGCUCAGCUUUACUCUUUAGGCUUCUCAGAGAAUAUGGCAUUAAGGCACUAAAUACAAGAGAAGAUUUCCUGGUUAGGAGCUUCAAAAAUGAGAAUGGGAGCUUCAAAGUUCAUAUUGUGAAUGAUGUAAAGGGAAUGCUAAGCCUUUACGAGGCUUCUUAUCUUAGUGUUGAGGGAGAGGAUGACCUAGAUGAAGCAAUGGAAUUCACAACUAAACAUUUAAGUAAUUAUCUUAAGGAACCUUCUCUUAUCCAUCCCUCGUUAGUGGAACAAAUAAGUCAUGCCUUACAUCUCCCUUUGCAUUGGAGAAUGCCAACGUUGCAUACGAUGUGGUUCAUUGAUACUUAUGAGAAGCAAGAGAACACAAAUUAUAGCUUGUUUGAGUUUGCUAAACUAGAUUUCAACAUGGUGCAAAGCAUCUAUAAGAAGGAAGUUAAGGAGAUGUCCAGUUGGUGGAGGAGUAUUGGUCUUGCUGGUGAUGAGUUUAGUUUUGCAAGAGACAGAUUGAUGGAGAAUUAUUUUUGGGCUAUGGGAUGUGCUUUGGAGCCACAUUUUUGGAGAUGUAGGAAGGAGAUUACCAAAUUAGUUUCUAUAAUUACAACAAUUGAUGAUAUUUAUGAUACCUAUGGUUCAAUAGAAGAGCUUGUGCUCUUUACAAAUGCCGUUGAUGAAUGGAAAAUCAUUGAGAUCCAAUCACUUCCAAAUUGUAUGAGGAAAGCAUUGCUGACACUUAUCAAUACUAUGAAUGAGAUAGCAUUUGCAUUUUCAAAAGAAAAAGGAUUAGACAUUCUUCCACAACUAAAACGACCAUGGGGAUAUCAAUGCAAAGCAUAUUUAGUGGAGGCAAUAUGGUAUAAUACAAGAUACAUUCCCACCCUAAACGAGUACAUGGAAAAUGCAUGGCUUUCAAUUGGUACUGCUUUGGUGCUAACUGUUGCAUAUUUAUUAAGUGAAGACUUAACCAAAGAAGCUCUAAAUAGUCUUGAGUUAUACUUUGAUGUUACUCGUUACUCAUGUAUGAUUACUCGUCUAUACGAUGACUUGGGAACAUCUAAGGAUGAGCUUCAAAGGGGUGACGUACCAAAAUCAAUUCAAUGUUACAUGAAUGAGACAAAUGUUUUAGAAUUUGUUGCACGGGACCAUAUAAGACAAUUAAUCAAAAAAUAUUGGAAAUUAUUGAAUGGUGAAUAUUUUUCUAAUUUCAACUUGGAGGAGUCUUUCAAACGAUAUGCACUAAAUUUACCUCGAAUGACACAGUGCAUAUAUGAAUAUGGAGAUGGGUAUGGAAAGCCUGAUCAUGAAACUUGGGAUAGAAUCCUCUCUUCACUAAUUAAGCCCAUUCCACUAUGAAUUAGAUGUUCUAAUAUGCUUUCCUGAAUUUUGUAUUUGAUAUGAAUUGUUGAAGCUUCGUGAUGUUAUUUAUCACAAACAUUCAUGUGAUGGUAUGUUGUUGUUUCUUUUAUUUCAAAAUUGUUGAAGCUCAUUGUUUCUUUUA